AUAUAGUUCAAUUCGUAAUCAUCUACAAGCAGAUGACUAGUGAAAAAUAACUACUUAUAAAACUACCAUGAUCGUGCCAACUCUGUCGAAUUCACCAGUAACAGAAAUUCUGUGCAUAUUCAUAACAGUAGUUCUAUUAACAUGGUACCUCUACUACCUGUAUUGCUUUACCUACUGGAAGAAGAAAGGCGUUCCAACUAGUCCUCCGAAUUUUCCAGCAGGUAACAUUCUAAAACCGGUACUAGGUCAAGAAAAUCUGUACGUAACAGUAGCCAAAUACUACGAGGAAUUUAGAAAAAGGGGAUACAGACACGCAGGAUUAUAUUUUUUCAACGGCCCCAUUUACUUUCCCAUUGAUCCAGAAAUAGUUAAGUCUAUAUUAACUACCGAUUUUGAGUGUUUCGUGGACAGGGGCACGUUCGUCGAUGAAGAAAGAUUCCCUCUAAGCGGAAACCUAUUCAGUCUAGAAGGUUUAAGAUGGAAACAUCUUCGAAACAAAUUAUCUCCAACCUUCACUUCUGGAAAACUGAAAACCAUGUACGCAAUUUUUUUAAAGGUGACUGAAAACUUCAUGGAAACUGUUGAACCGAUAGCGCAGAAGGGUGGCGAAAUCAACAUAAAAUAUCUCUCUUCAAGAUUCACUGCGGAUAUUAUUUUUUCAACAGCCUUCGGUUUGGAAAGUAAUAUUUUGGAAGAUCCUACAAGCAAACUUGGUCACAUCGUGCUCAAUUUGUUUAAUAUUCCAGCGUGGACCUUUAUCAAAACUGUGAUUAUUGAAGGGUUUCAAAAUCCCGGAAACAUUGUUAAAGCGUUUUUGGAGCAUCACACCAAGGAAAAUUUGUUUGACGGUAUUGUGAAAGACACAAUUAAACGCAGAGAUGAAAAUAAGAUUAAGCGAAAAGACUUUUUAUCUUUACUUUUGGAAGUCAGAGAUAAUGAAGGUUUAACUUCGGAUGAAAUUUUGGCACAAUGUUUCCUUUUCUUGUUGGCUGGUUUUGAAACCUCUUCGCAAACAAUCAGUUACUGCAUUCAUGAAUUGGCCCAUAAUCAAGAUCUACAAGACAAACUAAGAAAGGAAAUUUUUGAUGAGCUAGGACCAGAUGUUCGGACAUAUAAAUACGAAGACAUUUUCAGACUUCCGUAUUUGGACAAAGUUUUCAAUGAAACCUUGCGAUUGUACCCUGUGCUCGGAUUUUUCAACAGAAUUUGUGUCAAACCAUUCCAAGUUCAGGGGACGAAUGUUGUUAUUGAUAAAGGGACGCCUGUGUUGAUUCCAGUGUUAGGACUUCAGCACGAUCCUGAAUAUUUUCCUGAUCCUUUGGAGUUUGAUCCGGAAAGGUUUAAUGAAAAUCAAAAGCAAGUACCGUUUACUUUCCUGCCCUUUGGAGAUGGACCUAGAUUUUGUAUUGGUAUGAGAUAUGGGAAGCUUCAAACUAAAUUAGGUAUUGCUGCCUUAAUAUCCCAGUUCAAGUUCUUCCCGAGUCCAAGCACACCUAAACAUAUUGAACUUGAUAAAUUUUCGAAAAGUCUGGCUCCGGUGCCUGCCAAAGGGGUGACUGUCAGAGUUGAAAAAUUGUAGAUCGUAAUCACGAUACAAAUAAAGUCAAGUUUUUUAACCUAUAUCUUAUAUGUGCCUAUAUAUAUCUUGUAUGCUAAUCAAAUACAUUUUUUUUUGAGAAA